GUGCGCUAUCAUGAAAAUUUAUAGUUUAGCCUCAUAUCUAGACGCAUCAGUCAUUGUCGAACUAGGUCAGGUCAUACUGAGGGCCUCUAAGCGAAGCACUGCUAGUACUAUAUCGUAUCUGGUACCUCUCCAUCAGUUACCAAAGAAUGGGUAACGUAGCUAAGCGACCCGACAAUUCAAAAGAAGCACCGGCUGCCAGGAUUCGGACUCCGAGUCGGUAUGCUGCCAAGGGCAGCCCCGAGGUUAUAACAUCCUCGAUGAUUGACGUCUUAUUUUAUCGUCACUCCCCAGCCUAGCCAUGUCCUCAGCCACGAUAUCUCACCGGGACGAUUUGGCGCUGUAUGCGCGUCCUUCUCCUCCGGAGUCGGUAACAGAGACUCUACAGGUCCCCGAGAGUGUCAGCGAGAAGAGACCCGAGGAACCGAAGGGAAUCGAAGCGGUCAAGAAAGGUCGAGAGUUUUGGCUUAGUUUCGCAGCCAUGAUUGUUUCAAUUUUCUUGAGUGCUCUGGAUUUGACAUCUGUGGGAACGGCGCUACCAACGAUUGCCGAUGCUUUGAACGAUGACAAAGGCAAUUAUGUUUGGGUCGGGUCUGCUUAUGCUCUUUCUAGUACAGCCAUCAUGCCUCUGAGUGGCAGUUUGUCGGAUGCCUUUGGCAGAAAACCUGUCAUGUUGGUUUCAAUUGCGCUUUUCGCUUUGGGUAGCGCUUUAGCUGGAGCGGCUCAAGAUAUGAACAUGAUGAUCGGCGCACGAACGGUCCAGGGACUUGGGGGCGGUGGAAUCAUCAAUCUUGUAGAGAUCUUGAUUUCUGAUCUGGUUGCCCUCUCGGAACGGGGAACAUACCAAGGUAUGAUCGGUCUAACGUGGUCAUUUGCAUCGGCUAUUGCUCCACCUAUCGGUGGUGCUCUUGCCUCAAAGGGAAAGACGGCCUGGAGAUGGCUCUUCUACCUCAAUUUGCCCCUCACUGGUGGUGCCUUUAUCCUCGUCCUUUUUUUCUUGAACGUGCGCACUCCCCCGGGUACGGUCAAAGAAAAGCUAAACAAGGUUGAUUGGUUCGGAAACGUCAUUGUCAUCUGCGGCACUACUUUGGCUAUUAUUGGCUUGACAUGGGGAGGCAUUCGUUACAAGUGGACUGAUAAGCAUGUGUUGGCACCCCUUAUUAUCGGUUUCGCUCUUCUUGUUGCUUUCGCCUGGUACGAAGUUAAGGUUCCGGCCAAACCUACCGUUCCUUCAGACCUUCUCAAGAACCGUACCACCCUCAGCGCCAUUUUAAUGACUGCCAUGCAUGGCAUCACGAGUAUCUCUAUCCUUUACUACUUACCAGUAUUCUUCCAAUCAGCAUUUGCUGCCUCUCCUAUCCGUUCCGCGGUCCAAUUCCUGCCCAGCGCGUUGAUCAUAGCGCCGUUUGCUCUUUCGUCUGGUUUCAUUGUUGCCAUUACAGGAAAAUACCGACCGGUCAACUGGGUCGGGUGGGCAUUGACCAUGAUUGGUUUCGGUCUGCUCAGUUUACUCAAAGAGGACUCUUCGACAGGAAAGUGGGUCGGCUAUCAAUUAGUCGUCAGUGCUGGAAGUGGUCUAGUGUUCUCUGCGCCUGUCUUCCCGCUGCUCGCACCUCAACCUAUCAGUCGAACAGCUUCGGCCUUGGCACUUUUCGCGUUCACCCGUGCAUUUACCCAGACCUGGGGUAUCACUAUCGGAAGCACCAUCCUCCAGAACAAACUUAAGAUCAAUCUUCCUGCCGCCUACCUUGCCACGUUCCCGGCUGGUCGUGAGAUCGCAUACGCGGCGAUUCCCAACAUCCCUUCAUUAGCGGAGCCUCUGCAAACAGAGGUGAGGGUCGCCUUUGCUGAAAGUAUGAAGGUUGUAUGGCAGACCAUGGUCGGGAUCGCUGGUGCUGGGUUUUUGUUCAGCUUGCUCAUGAAGGAAGUGGAGAUGGUCGGGGUUGUUGACGAAACUUAUGCUCUCCAGGCGCCUACGGAGAAGAACAAGAUUGAAAACCGAGACGUAGAAAAGGCUACUCCACCGGCUACCUCGUAAGCUCGAGAGCCCUUGGAACGAACGGCACCACUCUUUCUCUCAUGAAUGAAUUAUACAGACACACUAAUAUCAUCAAUAACGACACGAUCAGCUCCUACACCAAUUUUAUCAUUCGCAUCGUUGUAAUGUUAAUGUACACGUAUUGUCUAUAUACCAUCGCAAUUAUAGAGUGAUCCUUACAAGUUGC